CGGAAUUUUGGAGGAAAAAAGUGAGGAUAAUAACAUUAUAGGUGAAGGAAAAUACUGUGAAGGCUUCAAAUUUUGCUAUUUUCUUUUACAAUAUUGCUUUGAACUUCGGAAUCGAAUCGGAAGUACCGUGAAAAGCGAUUCUAUUGUGAUUCAUCAAUGGAUCAACACACAAAAUCAACCUAAAAAACAAUUGUUCCAGCUGAUUGUGCGAAAUUCGGGUCAGCGUGAAUUCGUAUGCUUCUUGAUUGCAAAACUCGAAGUUGCGUUCAGUUUAAUUCACGGCAUCGGCAUACAACGUAAUCCAUCUCUCGGCUUCAAACUAUUUGAAAUUGCUGCUAUUAGUGGAGACCCAAAAGCACAACUAAGCCUUGCAAACUGUUAUAUGGCAGGAAUCGGUACUCCUAAAGAUAAAAUUAAGGGUUUAAACUUAUACCAGAAAUCAGCGGAAAAUAAUAAUGCAGAAGCACAUGCGUUAUUAGGGUUCUGUUUUUUGAUAGGUGAUGGUGUGAAAAUAAAUAUGUCAAAAGCAUUUGCGCAUUUUACUAAAUCAGCUGAAUUAGGGAGUCCAGUUGGACUCUUCUGUCUUGGCGAAUGCUUUGAAAAAGGUCAUGGUGUCAAUAAGGAUGAAGAAAAAGCUUUUAUAUGUUUCCAAGGAGCUGCGAAAUCCGGGAAAGGAAUCGACAUUGAUUACUCCAAAGCUUAUUGUUGGUUUCAAAAAGCAGCACAACGACAAAAUAGCUAUGCUUUCACUUUACUUGGUAACGCGCAUGAAUUCGGUAGAGGUGUACGCAAAAAUAUGAGAAACGCGUUUAUUCUUUAUUUAAAAGCUGCAAAUGGUGAUGAUUAUAUGGGGCAACGUAAUAUUACCGAAAAUUUUCUGUAUGGAAUGGGAACAAGUGUUGACGUUCAUAAAUCGAUUUAUUGGAUUAGGCAAGGUUUAAAACAUUCUGAAAAGACAACGGAGGAAAAUUAUGAGGAUAUAACAGAGAUUUUGCAAGAAAUAUUUAGAUUGUAG